AUGCUGCCGUCGCCUAAAAGAUACAACCGGCUCAGUCGAUGUUAUUCCAACGAUCUGAAAUCGACGGAAACUGCAAAUGGCGGCAACUUUGGCCACCGAGCUGGCUGUCGGACCCCACCAAUGGCAUAUAUCACUCUUGCCUUUCUUUUCGCGGCUACAUGCAUUCUUUUUGUAUAUGUGGCCCGCCAGACUACCUGCGGUUCAUCCUUCUGUCCCUCGCUAUCCUCCACGAUGGUUCAUGAACCCCCGGCCCCAACCCCGAUAGAACUUCACUGCGGCAAUACCUCUACCGAGGCUCGAGAACUCGGAUGUGUGUUUGACUUGCUCACCAACAAUUGGAUGCCUGAGUAUUGUUCCGAUCCCGCUACAGAUGAUGAACAUCGCGCCUGGGUGCUCGAACGGAGGCGCAGCCUCGGGCCAUGGGCAUUCUUCCAUGAUGACAAGGCACAACACCGAGUGGCCUCUGAAGAGGCUUUGUCGGACCUGGUCGGAAGUCAUAUUUAUACGACCACAGAGAAUCACCUGGCUCACUGUGUCUUUCUCGCCCGACGGAUGCAUCGGCUGGUCACGGGUGAAAUAGCCGCAGUUGCACAUAACUCGCUCGCACAUACCAUGCAUUGUACCUCAGCCAUUCUGAAAGUCAUCGGAGGGAUUGGUGAUGAGGUGCAACCGCAAAUAGGAUCCACGUUUGACGUUGGGGUGGUUUCGUGUCUUAUAAAUGAAUAG